AUGACGACAACAAUAAGAGCAUACAAAGGACUAGUGACAAAAAGGAAUGAUGUGGCACUGAACUGGCUACAAGAGUCGGCUCAGCUCCUUCAAAGGAUAGAACAAGGAGGCGUAGCAGCGCAACGCGAACGAGCCAAGGAGAUCACGAUGGACAUCACCACAUGCGAGGAGUACAUAGAUCUUCUGGAAGCUUCAGUAACCAAGUUAACGAAAGCCUUCGACGGUCUACAAGACGCCACCGACGAAGAAGAAGAUCAACUAGACAAGGAAUUCUGCUCCAAUGACAAAACCUUCUCCAACGCCAUUGAUGAGGCCGACAAGAUGAAAUCCACCUGCCCCAAGGUCCUAGGCAUCGCAUGGAAUUCGGAAACGGACAAGUUCAUUAUCAAAGGCUCGAUGGCAACCUUGAAGGGAAAAGAUACCAAGCGAACAGUCACACAACAACUUGCUUCUGUGUAUGAUCCAAUGGGAUUUCUGGUGCCUCUACUACUACCGGCAAAGAUAUUCAUGCAGUCACUAUGGAAGGAAGGAUUAGAUUGGGACACACCGCUUCCAGCGCAACUGCGUGAUCAGUGGCAUCAAAUAACAUCAGAAAUUGCAACAUUUUUCAAGGAAGUGAAUAGACGAAUUCUCAGCAAAUCCGAUGGCUACAGACUCGUCGUUUUCACCGACGCUAGCCAAUACGCAAUCGCAGCAUGUGCAUAUCUCACCUCUCAAGAAGAAUCCAACAUCAUUAUGGCAAAAUCCAAACUGCCCUCCAUCAAAACCUCGAUGACGAUUCCCAAGUUGGAGAUGAAUGCACUAACGCUGGGCGUAAGAAUGUCUCGCUUUAUUUGUGAAAUGUUGGAACCAUCCUGCAAAAUCAAUGAAGUGAUUCUAUACACAGACUCGGAUAUCGUGUUAGGGUGGAUAAGAACCCCUCCAUCGCGACAAAGCGCAGGCAUUUUAGUCACAAACCGAUUAUCAGAGAUUAGACGAAUCAGCAAUGAUCUCCGCAGUCAAAGCACCACGUGUCUCUUCGGACACGUCUCAACGGCAGAAAAUCCAGCCGAUUGCGGAACAAGAGGACUAUCAGCAGAAGCUUUACAGAACCAUAUCUGGUGGACAGGACCUGAAUUCACCAACAAACCGGAUCAUUCAAAGCUGAGUACGGUUGCUGAUUUCGAACAAUCGACAAUGAUAUCAGUGGAGGCAGUAACUCUAAACCCGUCAGAAGAGGUAUCUAAGGACGAAGUGGUCGACUUGAGCAGAUACAGCACCCUUGAGAAAGCUCAGAGAGUGCUAGUGUAUGUACUUCGAUUCAUAAACAGAUCCCUGAGUCAUUUUCCCCACGAAAGAAGAUUGGCAAUACAACAACACAUACCGGCUCUCAAGGAAAUUUCACCGUCACAAACCAUCAUCGGGAUCGAGAUGCACGAAAGUCGAAUGUGCUUGAUUCGAGACCAUCAGAAGAACUAUGUGAACGAGCAUCAGAUCAGGUCGCAGAAGGAACUGAAUAUCCGACAAGACGAAAAAGGAAUCCUGCGCUGUUACGGACGUCUACAACAAGCAGAUGUACCAGUAACGGCAAAAACACCAAUCUACAUUGCACCCAAAACUAUAGCAAGGGCAUUAACCGAAUAUAGUCGCGACGAACAAAUAGUUCUAGGCUUCUACUUUGAGGGCACAAGUCGACUUUCAGUGCGCUGGCAUUCACCAAGAAUAGACGAGACCAACAGAGCAAAAAACUUUCGACUGCGGCCAAAUCAGGACCUGUAUUGCAGAAACACUCGAGGAUGUCCGUUAUUAUCGCCUCAACCAAGGAAAACUUGUGCCUUCAAAGAAAUACAAGGCUGCGCAGGAAAUUCGGUGCUGCGGGCUUACUGGCUACCAAGUCCUCAUGACAAAAACAAUUGUCACGAAAAAUUACGUAAUGAUUAUACGAAGUUGGACAAAAUGGAGGAGCAGCUAGAAAGCUUAUUACUUGAUUGUCUGCUAAAGCAUACAGUUCCAUAUACAGCUGUGCAGAGGAGUCAAUGCCAUUUGAGAGCAAUACGAUCAGCUCCGAGAUUUUCAUGCGAACGCAGUAUCAACUAUGUUCCUACCCAGUGCUUUACGGGAGUCGAAAGAAGAAGGAACCGAGAAUGUGGCCUAGUACGAAAUUGUUGCCCUGCAAUAUCGAGGUCGCAUAGUGCUGGAGCUCAUGCGAGUCUUAGCGUUGGAGUCGUGAUACCGUGUUCGUCUGACAUGCGUGCGUUGAAUUUGAGCAGUGCACGUGAUGUGACGGCAAACUCCAAUAACGCGAAGUUCCUUCGGGCUACGAAACGUUUCUUCAAGAAAAUCUACUCCACCGCCACGCUACCGAACAAAAAACCGUCGUCGCUUGAGACUGACACUAACCCCAAACCAGCGCAAUUUUCUGAAGUUGGAUAUCGUACACCAGCAGCUUUGGCAAACGAAUCUGAUCUGUCACGACUAGAGGACUUCCGUAACCAGAGAUCCUCAACCCCUGAUCAGUCUAUGGGUUCGAUGACGGUAACCUCAUCAGAUUCCCGCGUGACAUUGUCCGAUUCCAGUCGCGAAGAACGAUGCGACGAUCUCUUUGAAACCUUGAGACGAGAAAUGCAUGCGAUGCGAGCACGCGAUGCAGCCAUUCUAGCGGAUUUGCAUCGUGUCGAAUCUCAAAUUCAAAGUGUCCAAAUGGCUCGUCUUGGGCUCUACGACGCCACUCCAUAACCGGUGCCAAGUCUUCCGAUCUAAGCGUAGAAGUCGCGAAUAGUAGCAGUGUCAAUUGUUUCGUUUACUACUUACUGUUAUCAUCUCUAUAAUCGCUGUAUUUUUCUUGUUAUCAUAAUUUUUAUAUUAGAUAUGUUUGCCGUAUCAUAAAAAAGAGAUUCUUGUCUCCCUUAUGAUGGUAAGCCCACAGACUUCUACUACUAGUGCUGUCACAUUUGCGUCUUUUCAAAAUUUGUAGCAUAAUAAUACCCAAUUCAUCAGUAAAAGUUAGCAUCCAGUAAUGUUUCAUAGCACUCACUCAAUUUUCUGUUUCCUCACAUUGUACAUUUUGAUUUUGACCCUUUAGAGUGUGCGGGUUAGAAUUAUAUAUCCUGAUGAUGUUUUACUAUGAUAUCGUAAGUUAAUGAGCCCAGUUUUAUGUAUCACCUUAGAAUGUGUCAACCCAGUGUAAAUUUGAAUUCGAGCGGCAGCAUGGUUCCUCCUGCCGCUCCACUUUGUCCCAGUCUCUUCGGCCCUUCUUCUCUGAAACAUGAGGAAGCGCUCAAACGAAUCAGAGACGAAACCAUGUGCAGGGCCAUACAACUGUAAUUUUUUUCUGAGUUAUCUAUCCGAUUUCAGUAUGUGUUUUCUACUACUUAAAGACAGC